UCCUAAGAAACAGCCAGCUGUUUUGCAAUUGGUGCACAGCCACUUUUCUAACCGUCCGAUGUCCUCGUGAAUCUCAGCGCCAGCUCGAUCUCUUUUCUCUUCUGUUCUCUGUUGACGCCUCAUGGGUUAGUUCUAGUAGUGUCUCUUUUCCUUUUUCUUAUUUCAUUUCAUUUACCACGGCUCUGUUUCGUGUUGUUCUUGCGGAGGUGGAACUUGGAAGCAUGGCGGAGAAGCCUGAGGCGACACCACAUCCCGCUCGCCCGGCGUCGGAGUGGGUGGUGGCUGUGGGGAGGCCGCAUCCUGCUCGGCCGGCGUCAGAGGGGGACGGAACUUCUCGAGAUGGGCACUGGGCAGAGCCCCGACGGACGCCGCCGGCGGCGCUAACAACGAUGGGGGGAGCUGAGCUCGCGGCCUUCUCCGUCCAAUGGGGAAGAGGUCGGCGAUUCGGGAGCGCGGGCGGAAUGUGCGCCGCCGGCGAGAUGGAUAAUAUAAAGCCAAUAUGCGAAGUGGUCAAAAUAGGAGUCACAGCUGAAGUGUGUGAGCUGGUGCUGACAAAUAGCCUUAUUGGAAGUGUGUUAUCAUACAAUUUCAGGGGUCUUUUCUGUUGUUUGACCAAUUCAAUGGUGGCCACCUUGGACAUGUCACUCACAAUUCCACCAGCAAUGGUUGCCCACAUGGUCAUCCACGGCUGACAUUGGUUUUCUCCAGGCUAUCGGUUAGGCACAAUGAACUUGCUGCGAGUCUUUUCACCACGCGGGGGUAUGCCGACCUGCUCCAUGCCAAGUCUCCCGCUCUGUUGUGGACAGAGUGGUGCAGCUCACGACGAAGAUGAGUGGCGACUGGCGACGGCAGACCACAGAGCGCUGCACCGCCCUUGAGGUUCGUACCAGCUGUCAGACGAUGCAGUCGCAGGCGCGAUCCUGUUGCAGCCGGGUCCACCCGUGAUGCUCUGGGUGUAUCAUGUUCUUCUAGCCACAAACAAACAUUCAAUUGACUCCGUAUAUACAUGUAUGCUAGUACCUAGCUAUCUACCAUUAUACCUACCCUACUGUAUAUACAUACAUACAGAGAGUAAGAAGGCUUCAAAAGCAGUUGUACAAAUACAGCGAGUAUCUCAUUUGACAGUUGUGAAGAGAGUGGUUAUUUGCGAGUUGGUGCAGGGAGCCUUUUUGCUACAUCCUGUUGUAACUCAAGCUUAGACUCAAAACCGAGCCGUUGGACUCAAUGUUGGGCUGAGGGAAAGGAAACGGAAAAUGUGUGUGUCCGGUGUAAAUGAAAACAGACAACUAUUUCUCA